CAAAAUUAUGAAAUUGGGGUUUCAGAACGGAAACAAACGUCACUAUCACUCUUUCUUCAACCUCAGACACUCCUCCGCUUUCUCUCUCCUCCCUCUCUUUCUCCAGCUCUUUCCUGUUGGAGAAUCUUUUCUUCGUCCCUCAAUUUCUCUGCUCUUGCUUUUCCCCAUCUUUAAUUCACUUUCUUCUUUCAUUCUCUCCAUUUUCCUACCAAAUUUUCUCCUUUUUAAUAUUCCUUCCACUCUAUAAAAUUUCCCUGUUCUACUGUUCUUCAUCAAUUCAAUUCCCCAGUUUUAAUUUACUCCUUAUCGAAAAUUGAAUCAAUUUCAGUCAUACCCACUUAGAAUUUCUGCAAAUUUGAGUGAAACCCAGAAAUGGGGUGUUCUCAAUCGAAGAUCGAGAACGAAGAAGCAGUGUCAAGAUGCAAAGACAGGAAGGUGUUCAUGAAAUCAGCCGUCACCGCGCGAAACGCCUUCGCCGCUGCCCAUUGCUCCUACGCCAUGUCCCUGAAAAACGCCGGCGCCGCCCUCAGUGACUUCGCCCAAGGGGAGGUUGUCAAUCCACUUUCUCUCUCCUCCGCCCCAGUAGGGCCCACCUCGGCUGGGGUGGGACCCACAAUGGGAGCAAUCCCAUCUCAGGCCCCACCACCACCGCCUCCCGUUCAGGACCUCCCUCCGCCUCCUCCACCUAUUCCCGGCAUGCCGCAGCCACUGCAGCGUGCUGUAUCGAUGCCAGAGUUUGCGGUUAAAGCACCGGGGGCGAAGCUGGUGGCGGAGGAUACCAUUGAGGAGGAGGACGAGGAGGAGGAGGAUGAAGAACAAGAGGAAGAGGAGGAGGAAGUGGGGCGUUUGAGGCGGAGGAGAGAUAAUAAAGGUGGGAGUGUUGGUGGUAGAAUGGAGACUACUCCUAGUAUUUCUAAUCUUGGUACUGCUAAUACUAAUAUUGUGGGACCACCGCCUUCGCCGCCGCCUCCUGAUGAGAGAGCAAUUAGGACACCUCCACCACCGCCGCUUCCGGAGGUGCAUAAACAAACAUGGGAUUAUUUCUUUAAUACAGAAGACAUACCAGGUGGGAGCUUGAGGGAUGAUGAUGAUAUUAGGGGGGAGUAUGACCGUACUGUGUACCAUCAAAGGGCUAUGAGAAGCUCAGCUUCUUCCGCUUCGAUCACGACUGCGCUUCCGCCUUCGAUUGAGAUGGUUGAGGAGAUGGUAAUGCCGGAGAAGCCUCCAAUGGGAGGAGGAGGGAGAGUAAUGAAGAAGGGGAAGCAGGUGGUGGGGCAGGGAGGAAGUGGUGGAGAAGGGAGGAGGAAGACUGUGAAUGUGAAUUUAGUACAGAUUUUCAGUGAUUUGGAUGAUUGUUUUCUUAAAGCUUCUGAAAGUGCUCAUCAUGUUUCAAAGAUGCUUGAGGCUACCCGGUUGCAUUACCACUCUAAUUUUGCUGAUAAUAGGGGGCAUAUUGACCACUCAGCAAGAGUCAUGCGAGUUAUCACAUGGAAUAGGUCAUUUAGAGGUCUUCCCAACGCAGAAGAAUUUAAGGACGAUUUUGAUUCUGAAGAGAAUGAAACUCAUGCCACUGUGCUGGAUAAGCUUCUUGCUUGGGAGAAAAAGUUAUAUGAUGAAGUUAAAGCGGGUGAAAUUAUGAAAUUUGAUUAUCAGAGGAAAGUCGCGCUAUUAAACAAGCAAAAGAAACGUGGCACUAAUCCUGAAUCAUUGGAGAAGACAAAAGCUGCUGUAAGCCAUUUACACACAAGGUACAUUGUGGAUAUGCAGUCUAUGGACUCAACGGUUUCAGAAAUAAGCCGGUUGCGUGAUGAGCAGUUGUACCCAAAGCUUGUGGCACUUGUUGAUGCGAUGGCUACAAUGUGGGAAGCGAUGCAAGUGCACCAUGAGAAUCAGCUAAAGAUAGCUUCACACUUGAGAUUCAUUGACAUAUCUCAAUCCACCAAGGAAACAAUUGACCACCACCACGAGCGAACCAUCCAACUUUGGGCUAUAGUUCAAGAAUGGAACACACAUUUCGAAAAAAUGGUGAACCAUCAAAAAGAGUACAUCAAAGCCCUAAACAGCUGGUUAAAACUAAACCUUAUUCCCAUCGAAAGCAGCUUAAAAGAGAAGGUUUCAUCUCCACCAAGGCCGCAAAACCCACCCAUUCAAAACCUCCUUCUCGCUUGGCAUGACCACCUUGAGAAACUCCCCGACGAACAUGCAAAGAGCGCGAUACAUAACUUUGCUGCUGUUUUACAAACCAUUGUUCAGCAACAAGAGGAUGAAAUAAGAAAGAGAGCGAGAGUUGAAGAAUCAAAACGGGAUUUGGAGAAAAAACAGCGCCAUUAUAAUAAAUGGUUAAGUGAGUAUAUGCAGAAAAAGAUUCCUAACGAUGAUGGUGAACCCGGUUCAGUUGAAGAUGAGUUUGUUCACAAAGAUGAGAUUAUGGUGGAGAAGGAAUUCGUUGUCGAGAAUGCUAUGAAGAAACUCGAGGAAGAUAGCGAGGAUUAUGAACGGCAUUGUACUCAGGUAAGGGAGAAGUCAUUGGCAAGUUUGAAGACUCGAUUGCCAGAAUUGUUUCGGACAUUGUCAGAAUUUGCACUUUCUGCAUCAGAUAUGUACAGUAAUUUGAAGGGUCUUUCUCAGUUUUCUCAGAGCCAUAAUAAACACAAGGAAUCAGUUGAUGCAUAGAGAUUGAUAGAAACUGGUGUUUAUUUUUGGAUGUAUUUUGAAGUUGAUGUUUUAUAAUGUGAUUAAGUAGUAAAGUUAUACUAUUUGUUUGUUCUUUUCAGAAGAAGGGAAAAAGGAGGUGAAAAAUUACCCCUUAAAUAUAUACGAAAUGCAAGUGUGUAAAACAAAUUUUGCAGUAAUAUAUAAGUAUUGAGCGGCACGAAAA